UUCCAUUCCCUCUCACUUUCUCCCCACCAUUCUAUUCUCUCCUCCUUGCACUUCGGGCGGCGAGGAAGCGCAGGAGAGGCGCCGCUCGCGUGUGUUCGCAGUGAUUUCUAGUCCCACAUCAUAAAUGCCUAAAUUAAUAAGUCAUCACUAAGCACCAAGCAAACUCGGUCACAAAGAAACAUGAAGUACCUGUCGGAAGAAGAGCUCAAGGGCUUCGAGAACUACGAGUACACGUGCAAGGAUACCAGCCCGCUGAGCAACUACGUGAUGCACCCGUUCUGGGACCAAGCAGUCAAGCUCGUGCCGCGUGGGGUGGCCCCCAACGUGCUCACCAUGUCGGGGUUCGUGCUGACACUGGUUAACGUGGGCCUGCUGUCCUACUACGACUUCGCCUUCUACGCGUCGAGCGACCUGCACCCCGAGGCUCCACCGGUGCCGCCGUGGGUGUGGCUGGUGUGCGCGGUGAACCAGUUCCUGGCUCACACAUUAGAUGGAAUAGAUGGAAAGCACGCUCGCCGCACUGGGAGCAGUGGUCCACUGGGCGAGCUGUUUGACCACGGCCUGGACAGCUGGGCAACACUGUUCAUGCCAGUGUGCCUGUACUCGGUGUUUGGUCGUGCCGAGAUGAGCUGCAACACGUGGCGCUUCCUGCUUGUCCUGUGCAACAUCCACUUUUGCUUCAUCCUCUCCCACUGGGAGAAGUACAACACGGGCAUCCUCUACUUGCCCUGGGGAUACGACAUUUCCCAAAUGAUUCUUCUUGGGAGCUUUGUGCUGACCUACCUGUAUUCGUACCGACUGUGGAAGUUCACCAUCCUUGGACUGGGUGCUGGCGAAUGCCUCGAACUGACACUACAUGCUGGCUCUUUCUUCAUGACGAUACCUAUGUGUCUGUACAACAUUCAUCGUGCCUGGCAAGACGGGCGCCUGCGGCAGCCCAGUGUCUGGGAGGCAGUGCGGCCUCUGCUUUCUGGUGUGGUGCUGUUUGUGCUUGCCGUGAGUUGGGCGGCCGCGUCUCCCAACGACGUGCUAAGUCAUCAGCCACGCCUCUUCUACUUCCUGCUGGGCACCCUUUUCUCCAACAUAUCGUGCCGCCUCAUCAUCAGUCAGAUGACGUCGACACGGUGCGAGACGUUGACCUUGCUGCUUCUCCCCGUGGCACUCGGUGUGGCCGGCUGCCUGUGGUUUCAGGCUGAUGAAACCCUCGUGCUCUGCCUGUUGGCAACCCUGGUGGCUCUCGCACAUGUACACUACUGGCGUCUGUGUGGUUCAGCAAAUGUGCUAUCACUUCCACAUCCACUGCUUCUCCCUGAAGAGGCCGCCUGUCGAGUAAGGCUGAUGGAGCUGCUGUACAGAGAUUACAAAAGACAGAAAGGACUGCUUUUUAAGAACCCCACCGACGCCCUGUUGGUGGUCACAGUGCUAGUAUGGACAACAGGUGUAUGUCUUUGUGUGAGCGUGUGUGUGUCAUCAUGGGAGGGGCCAGAGUGGCAGCGUUGCAAGCUGUUCAGGACGGGGCCAGGCUGCUGCAGAAGCACAGGAUACAGCUGUGAACCUCGAGGGCAGGACCAAGCUUGAGCCAGAGGUUGCGCACCAGGUCUGUCUGACUGAGCAGCAGGAAGGCCUCGCCAUCGGUUUCCUGCAUCGCAGCAAAGAAAAACCACGCGUUGUGUUCACACGCAAGCUACCAGUGAUGACAACAUGUAACAAGGGUGUAGUGGCUAGAAGGGGGCAGGGUAGUCACAGAGGCCAUGAAAUCUGUUGUCACUGCAUAACUAAAGCACUUUCAACAGGGUCUGCAAAUGCGGGUGGCCAUCCUGGCUUCCUUCUUUCUGCGGCCAGCAUCUAUUAGUGAGGGUCUGUGGAAAUGAAACGACUGAAAUGCUCUCCAAAGAUGCCAUAACUGGCAGUUACCAAUGAAGCAAGUAUCCGUGCGAAAUCGUGUGAUGUGUUCACCUUGUAUCAUCCGACUGUGGGAGGACCGGGAAAAGUGUUGUCCCACACACCGCAGUGCUAUUCUAGUGAAAACAUGGUGCUGCAUAUGAUGCACGAGCACGUCUUCCAAAGAUACAGGCCCUGUCCUUCUUCCCAUCUCAUUUAAAGGCAUGUCUAGAACAGCACGGCACUCGUCCCUGCCCCCUGUGGCCUCUUGCAGUCCCGGCACUUCACGCAAGUCUGAAUAUGCCUCUGUCCGCACUGCUUCCCGCCAAAAACUGUGGCAGUGAUCCACGAAGUCGUACGUCUCAUGCCGUUGCUUUCUGCCGCACGCACUGCACAGCUCGAACACAUGACUGGCAACAUCCCAGCGUGAUAUAAGCAGCCAUGCUGUACUUGUCGCAGGGUGACCAAGCGCUCAUCUAACACAGCCAAAAAUAAAGCCUUAUCACAGAGUCA